AUGGAAAAAGUGGAGAGCAAAACCCCGCUUACACAUGAGGACUUUUACCCUGAGUACGUGCCAGAUCGCCAGCCAUGGCUCAGUGCCCGCAAGCUCUGCCUCCAGCGUUCAGGGACCCUAGCGGUGGUGUCCAGUACCAAAGAGAUUAAAAAACUGAACACUUUUCUACGGUCCCUGAAUAUCACCCAACCUGUAUGGAUAGAAAGUGCAGGCAUGUUCCAAAAAAGUGGUCCUCCAGAUAUAUACAUGCUGGAAUUUCCAGUGCGGCCACACCGGAAAUCGGCUCGCCUCCGCCAUACGUUCCCAAACAUGGAAGCGCUAACGGUUUGCGCUCACCUCCAGCUUGAUCCAACUUGCCAAGGACUUUCCACAGUCUUCUCGUAUGCCAUAAAGUCAUUCAUUAAAGAAUUCCAACUCCAAGCACGAAUCACAGGGAAUGAACCCGUCCAGCUCGCAUUGCUGGUGCAUGGUUCAAACACCACCUAUGUAACAGGCUUUCCCAAUGAUGCCUCCUGGCACUUUGUAUGUGCAAGCUUGGUUGCGAAUAGUGGAAAGUGGGGCAUCUGGGUGGAUGGAACGGUGGUGGGUUCUGGGAAUUUUUUCAACUCAUUGAAUUACAUCGGAGGAGAUGGCCUUUUCAUGAUUGGACAAGACCAGGAGACCUAUGGAGGCUACAACAGUGGCAAGGCGCUUUGUGGGAACGUUACGCAGCUGUACAUGUGGGAUCGUUUGUUGGUCGACAGUGAAAUCCAAAGCAUGGAAAAAGUUUGUUCACCCGUUCCUUCUGGCUUGUUCUUCAAAUGGAAUGAGUCCGCAUUGGAAAUAGAGACGUCGCUACAGACACGCAGAAGGAACUCGCCUUGUCAAGGUUCCAAAAGCCAACCACCAGACCAACUUAUCUCUGGCUUGCAUCACAAUUUUUCCAUCCUCAUGUCUAACAAGGCCUGUGUAACCUUUGACCCUGCAAGUGGGAUACCGAUUAAUGACUCAUGUUUGACGCACAGAGGAAGUGUUUGCCUGUUCCCAAAAGAGCAGCUGGACUUCUUAGGUUUUCCUGGGACCUCGUUCUUCUCACAAGUCAGCAAUGAGUUUCAUUCCAAAUCUAAUACAAACGUAACCUUGUUCUCUGAGAACGAAUUGACUCGUCAUAUUUUCCUCUUGAGUGCCAUAUUGAGAAUUAUGGACAGCAAUGCAGACAUUAUUACACGUUCUGAUCUCCUGUACCUCAUCGAAACCAUCGAGAAGGCCGCUCAACUCAAAAAAAUAGCUGUUCCCACUGACGUCUUCAUAUUCAUGAUCCGCAAUUGCUUGGAACUAGUUAGCAGACUCAUCGACCCUGAUAUGGCUGAACAAUGGGAGAAUUUGAGAGAUCACGGGAAUUACCUCGGACCAUUGACAAUGGUAGAGAACAUUGACAAGCUGCUGUGGACAUUGGCGGAUGAGCUAUGGGCCGAGCGCAAAAGCUUCACAGUGUCAACAAAGAACAUGGAUAUUCAUCUGGAGCCGCGAGGGCUGGCGCAGAUGAGCUGCGGUUAUGUGUUCAAGCCCUCGAUUCACGGCGGUCAGUUCAGCGGCCAUGAUGAGAUCCUCAUAUCAGAGUCAGAAAUGCAGAGAGUCUUUUCAUUGGGCCACAACGAUGUCAUGCUUAUUUAUAGCUACUACAGUAACCUGGUAGAGAAGUCGUUCAGAGUGGAGGUCAAAACACCCGGUGACCAACAGACCAAUGGCAAGAGGCAUCACACUGGUCAGCUAGACACGGCAGUAAUCUCAGCGACAGUGCGGGAUGUGCAGAAGGCAGAAAAUGUUCCUGUGUCCGUCCAAUACUCUCUAUCCUCUGGAAUUAUGGCAGAGUACUCCAAGCAAGUGACGCCCGUCUGUGUUUUUUGGAAUAUCGAAUUCAUGGCGGGUCGUACAAGUGCUUGGUCCAGUAAAGGGUGCAGAGUGUUGCCUUCUCCUCCUGAUGUCACAUCCUGCUUUUGCAACCACACCACCAAUUUUGCUGUCCUAAUGAAUUAUAUGGAGCCAUGGUGGAGUGCUAAAGAGGAGAGCAUUUUGACGAAGCUGACAUUUAUCGGAUCCGGAGCCUCUCUCUGCGCACUGGUGGUGACCUUGAUGCUGUUUACCGUGUUAGACAUCCCGAAAUCUGAUCGUACAUCAGUCCACAAGAAUCUUUUUGUGUCUCUGACUUGUGCUCAAAUUGUCCUUCUCUGCAGUGGUUCUGCUGUUCACAAUAAGGUGGCCUGCACGCUUGUGGCAGCUCUGAUGCAUUUGUUCUUCUUGGCAGCGUUCAGCUGGAUGCUGGUUGAGGGCCUGCUGCUCUGGAGCAAAGUAGUGAGCGUUAAUUUGAGCGAGGACCGCCACAUGAAAUACUACUACCUGAUUGGCUGGGGUCUGCCCGUGCUGAUCGUUACCAUCACACUGGCCUCUGCCUCUGGGAACUAUUCAGCCGAUGGCCACUGCUGGCUCAGUGUUCAGAACGGCGUCAUAUGGGGCUUUGCCGGCCCAGUCAUCUUCAUUGUUAUGGUGAAUAUCAUGAUUCUGACCCGUGUGGUCCUGAUCACCAUCGCCACAGCCAAGAGAAGAUCUUUGAUGAUGAACAACAGCCCGGAGGAGCAAGUCUCUGAGCAGAUAAGGGCGGCAGUGAAAUCCAUACUGGUUCUGUUGCCGAUCCUGGGCCUGACCUGGCUCUGUGGAGUCCUGGUGCCGUUCUCCGUGGUUAUCGCCUACAUCUUCAGCCUCCUGAACUCACUGCAGGGUCUCUUCAUCUUCCUGAUAUAUGGAGUGUACAACACUGAGGUUCGAAACACAGUCAACAGAAUCAAAGAAAGAAGAAAAGCCUUAAAUUUCUCUAACUGCGCCAGUUCUAGGCCCUCCAGUUCAGUGGGCAGCUCUCGGCCGGGCAGCUCUCCAGUGCCAGUUGUUUUGGACGGGCAGACGAUCACCACCCACUCCAGCAGCUCCUCGACCCACAGCGACAACAUCACCCAGAGUUACGACAAAACCAGACAUCUGUCCCUCCUCUGUGUCCAUGACAACCUGAAUGAAGACCUGCGAUGUCCUGACACUAGUGUCCACCUCUCUGGACAGGAGAACGUAACGAAACCUAAAAACAGACUUCCAAACGAAUGCAGUCUGAAUGUACCCAUGGAGGCCGAGGGAAUGUCACCUCCUCAGCAGAACGCCCACAUGUGUCUUUAUUGAAACUUCUCUACAUCUUGUGUUUUGGUAAAGUGCAGAUAGUCUGUAAAUGAUAU